UAUUCGGUAUAUAAACAAAGUUUAUGUUGGGAAAACUUUGUUUCUUUGGUAAAUAUUGUUUUUGUGGUGCAUAACGUUCGACUUCGAACACAAUGUCUUCAUUCCGUAAAAAGAGCACUAGCACAACAGAAUCAAGUUCGAGCUCCACAUCAGGCAGUUCAUCAAGUGGAAGUACUAGCUGUUCCAAUUCUGGUAGUAGCUCCUCCGAUACUGAAUCUAGUAGUUCCGGUGAAGAGAAAAGUGGAGUUGAGGAUGCUCCUUCCACAGUUGCUGCCACAAAAACACAAGUAACAACUCGUCGAAAGAGUUCAGAAUUCAAGGGCGCAGCGAAAGCUGAAGCGGAAAAGCUCACAGCGAGUGCACAGUCAACCUCGAAAACACGCCCAAGCAACAUUAAUACUACAUCUCUGAGACAACCACGUGUAAGUAACCAUUCAAGUGAUGAUGAACUUCCACCCAAUAAGAAGCCGGUAAGACCAGUUGCAGCAAGCAGUACAACACAAAAACGUAAACUCUCCGCUUCAAGUACUUCCACAGCACAAAAUCAAAGUAAUCAACGAAUGAUUGGCGGGAAGGUACCUCAAAAUACUUCUGGCAGAUUAAAUUCACAGACAAAUAAAACUACGGCUGGAAAUGCGAAAGCAUCAGCAAAUGAAAAUGGCGUUGAUGGAAAGAAGAAUACAUCCGCCGUAUCGCAAGCAUCAGACGAUUCAGAUCGAGAAGUGUUCUCUUCAAGCAGAAACAAAUCUGAACGUAAAGGACACAUGAAACUCUCCGCACAAGCUGGUACAACAACUGCUGGAAAUACUGCAGAAAACAAAUUGAAGCAGACACGGCCGAAGCCACAACCUAAGCGCAAUGUGGUUGCAAAAUCAAAGAAUAAGAGUUCAGAAGAAGAUGAAGGGGAUACCGAAUCGGAAAGUGGCAAAACAACGUCUUCUAGUGAGUCAGAAGCAACGGAGAGUAGUAAUUCCUAUGAUACCCACCCGGUAAAAUCGGUAAAAGGAAAACGUGCGCCAACAGCCGCUAAAAUAGCAAAUUCCGAUUCGGAUGAAGAAGCGCCACGUAAACUCACGCGAUCACUUAGUACCAGACGCUCUAGACAGCAACAAAAAUCUACGGGUGGCGUCAACGGUGGAUCUGAAAGCGAAUCAGAUGUAGAUUUAGACACCGAGAAGCAUUCGCUGUCUAAAAGUCCAGCAAAACGCUGCAUAUCAACCAGUGGCGGUAGUAAAUGCAAAGUAAAGAAAGAGACUGGGGUAUUUGGUUCAGCACCAGCAAAGCCGCGUUCGCUAUCACCACCGCAACAAAUGGAGAAGAAAUGUCCGAUAGAGGGAUGUGACUCGUCAGGCCAUUUAAGCGGUAAUUUAGAUAGACAUUUUUUACCCGAGGCCUGCCCAAUUUAUCACAAUAUGUCAGCAUCAGAGUGCAAAGAACGUGUCAACGAAAGAAAACUUCGGAAUGAGCGACGUUUGCGAAGUAGUAACAGUAACUUGGCUAAUGCCGAUGCAUGCAAUCCCAAAGGACGCACAAAUGAACAAACCGAAUUUUUGGCGAAAAUUCGCGAAUCGCGUUCAAGAUUUCGCCCAAUAGCCGCGACCAUAAACACCGACAAGGUAAAACUUGAAAAAGAUUGCACCGAUGAGGAUCGUGAGCCUAACUUAAUUGGACUAGUGCCCGAUUACGAUCUGCAAUUGUUUCGCGACGCUCAAGCAAUCGCAUCCGAGAAAGUAGAAGAUGAACUGAAAGACUUGCCUGUUGGAAAGGGCAUAAAGUAUAUUACAAUGGGUAAAUAUAAAAUGAAGGUUUGGUAUCAAUCACCAUAUCCCGACGAUGCCGCGCGUCUACCUCAAAUGUACAUUUGUGAGUUCUGUCUAAGAUAUCAAAAAUCAGAAACUGGGAUUAAGCGGCACGCAGAGAAGUGUGUGUGGCGGCAUCCGCCAGGCGACGAAAUAUAUCGAAAAGGCAAACUGCAAGUGUGGCAAGUCGAUGGUAAACGACAUAAACAAUACUGUCAACAUUUAUGCCUUUUGGCAAAAUUUUUUCUGGACCACAAAACACUUUACUACGACGUGGAACCAUUCCUUUUCUAUAUAAUGACAUUGGCGGAUGUGGAUGGUUGUCAUACAGUGGGAUACUUUAGCAAGGAAAAGAACUCGUUUUAUAACGUUUCGUGUAUACUGACGCUUCCGCCGUAUCAACGAAAGGGCUAUGGACGUCUGCUAAUUGACUUCAGUUACCUUUUGACCAGAGUGGAGGGUAAGAUUGGAUCGCCGGAAAAGCCGCUCUCCGACUUGGGCUUAAUUUCAUAUCGCUCCUAUUGGAAAGAUGUGCUUUUGGAUUACCUUUGCAACAGAACCGGAAGUGCAUUGAGCAUCAAGGAUGUAUCGCAGGAAACGGCUAUAUAUUCAUACGAUAUCGUUAGCACCUUGCAGGCAUUGGGUAUGAUGAAGUACUGGAAAGGCAAACAUAUUGUGCUUAAAAAGCAAGAUGUGCUCGAUGAGUAUGAAAAACGUGUUAAGCAACGGGGUAAUUUCCCGAAAAUCGAUGACAGUUGCUUGCGUUGGAGUCCCUUUGUGCCAACACAAACUAAUAACUCUCCAUAAUAGUAGGCUAUAAGUUCGCGUACGGAGACCAUAGUUAUUAUCUACGUACACUGAAUAUGAAUAUUUCAACUAAUACCGUUAUAUGGUUAGUUAGUAACCAUGCAUAUACUUACACACACUUAGUUACUUAGCGUGUUUGUGAUCAUCAAAUGCACUCACACACUUACUUUAUAACUGUUUGCAUACAACUUACUAAAUUUUCUCAAUUAAUCACUUAAGUGUAGAAAAUAUGUUUUAAAAAAAUAGUUUUUUGUAUCACUCUUUGUAUAUAUUAGGUACUAUUUAGGGCAUUUUGCAGUAGUGCGAAUGGCAGGAGAAAUGACAAAUUCACCACACAACAAUAAGAACAAUUUUAACAAACGAAAUGUGUAUAUAACUAAAAUAAAAAUUAUGCUUGUAAAAUAUAUAUUUAGAAAAAAUCAAUAGAAUUUAUUAAGUACCAAAAUAGAUAUUGAUUAAAGUGUAAUAUUUAUCUU